AUGGCGAUCUCAAAUACAAUCGUCAAUAUACUAACCAAACCCAAGUAUUCGCUAUGGAUUGCGCCAUUGCUCGUUUUGGUAGAUGCAGUGCUCUCUGCACUCAUCAUCAAAAAGGUGUCCUACACGGAAAUCGACUGGACAACCUACAUGCAACAAAUUGCCCUCUACCAAGCCGGCGAACGUGACUAUACUGCCAUCAAGGGUGACACCGGCCCUCUCGUGUACCCCGCCAGCCACGUCUAUAUCUACUCGUUUCUGUACGAAUUGACAAACAAGGGCCAAGACAUUGAGCUGGGGCAAUACAUCUUCGCCGGAAUUUACAUUGCCACCUUGAUCGUUGUACUGUCUUGCUACAUCAAAGCCGGUGCGCCGCCAUACCUACUUCCGUUGCUGGUGCUAUCCAAACGACUACACAGCAUCUAUAUGCUGAGAUUGUUCAAUGAUGGAAUUGCGACGUUGGCUAUGUGGGUGGCUAUUUUCUUCUUUCAGCGACGACAAUUGACUGUUGCGACUACGGUAUGGUCUUUGGGAGUAGGAGUUAAAAUGUCUUUGUUGUUGCUUGCUCCAGGUGUGGCUAUUGUAAUAGCUUUGUCAGGGGGGAUUUGGGCUGCUGUACCGCUUGCGCUUAAUGCGGUUUUGACGCAGGUACUGCUUGGCAUACCAUUCCUGCAAGAAAACGCCAUUGGCUAUGUAUCACGCGCAUUCGAGCUAACCAGGCAAUUUCUCCAUGUAUGGACGGUCAACUGGCGAUUCAUAGACGAGGAAGUCUUUAACUCGUCCGUCUUCGCCCUCAACCUUCUCGUUCUGCACGUGGUCCUCAUUCUCGCUUUCCUUGCUACCCGCUGGAUCCGUCCAUCGGGCGAAGAGAUCAAUAUAUUCGCCCAAACGUUCCUCGAGGGUCGUUCGACAAAAUCCCCCCUAUCCAGCAAAUAUAUCACUACCACAAUCCUCUCGUCAAUGGUGAUCGGAAUGCUGUGCGCAAGGUCGCUGCACUAUCAAUUCUAUGCGUAUCUUGCCUGGACCACACCGUUCUUGCUGUGGCAAGCAAACUUUCAUCCCGUGCUGGUAUAUACAGUCUGGGCGGUGCAGGAGUGGGGAUGGAAUGUGUUUCCUAGCACUAAUGCCAGCUCGGCCGCUGUCGUUGGCUGUUUGGCUGUUCAGGUUGUGAUGUUGUUGGCGAACGACAAUUUUUCUCAAGGUCCGUUGGAUGAGAAGGCGACGGCAGAGCAGCAAAAGACAAAAUGA